AAAUUCCCAUACCAGGUUCUUGGUGAAAAAUUAACUGAAACCAGUUAAUUUUUAAUUGAAACCACCCAGAGUACUAACGGUACCCAUCUACUGAGCAUCAGUGAUAUUGCUGAGGUCUCCAAAGCUGUGGAUAGUCCAUCCUAUUUAUUUAGCUCAUGCUUCUUAUGCUGCUGUGCUGACAACAGGUAUUCUGUCUCCAGGUUGUCUAUUUGUAAAUACGCAUGUCAAUCCAUGGCAUUCUCAUGGAUGUAGUAUCUCAGGAACAUUUUUCUUUGUCCCUAGUGGAGCCAGUGAGUAAUGCACUGCAUGCAUGUAUCACAGAAAAAACUUAUUACUUUGUCAGUUUUUUUCUUUUGCAAUAUUGUGCAACCCCGGUGCAUAAAGUGUGAUAUACUCCAGUCGUUUUUCUGAUUAUUUACUAUGCUUGGUCAGAGCUGUAUUAAAAUCAACACUUCUUCAUAGAGCACUACAGUAAAGACCCAUGACUACAUUCCUAUGAAAAUGUUUUAGUGUAAAGCACCUGCAGGAAACAAGUUAAAAUGAGUUAAAAUGCUUAACAAAAGCUUCCACUCUUCUUAGUUGGCAGAAGCAGACCUGCAGAACCAGACUUCUUCUUGACACUUACUGAAAUAGACUGCAGAAAGCAGUUUCCCAAAGGUUUAAGGCAAAAAGAAAUGUCAUAUGGCGGAUAUAAAAAGGAGCAUAUAACAUACAGUAUACAGAAUGAGUAAUCAACCCAGAGCCACCUUCUCCCUUUCUCACACUGUAAUCGCUGGGAGAUUUGGGUGUGUGUUUAUAAGCCUGUCUCUUGAAUAGACCUGCAGAGUAUCCCCAUUUGGCCGGCAGCCGCAUUUCUGCUGUCGGGAGUUGGCGGUUGUCCUGUCACAACAAGACCAUUAACAGACAGUUCAGCAGAGACGGAGACAAGGCUCUACACACAACAUGUCCACUAGUACCAUCAAUCAACCCUGCAAGCAGGAGAGGAAGGGCAGUUUCUUCAAGCUCAUUGACUCAUUUGCCUGGGAAAUUGGCACAUUGAAGAAGGAAAUGGGGACAAAGACUGAACCUGCAAAGGGAGACCUCAACACAGAUAUGCUUCUCGGGCUGGGUGAAGAGGUGGGAGGCCUCUUCCUGCAGGCUUCACCUUGUGCUGGGAUCGGAGCGGGGCCAGCUGGAGCAAGAGACUCGGGCUACGACUCCCUCCAUCGGCGGCUCAGUGUUCUGGACAGACUGGUGCACACGCAUGCUGUGUGGCUACAGCUGGGCCUCAGCCGUCAGGAUGCUACACGUAUACUGCAGAACCAACCCACUGGGACAUUUGUGGUGAGAAAGUCAACCAGCCUGCAGAGGAAGGUGAUAUCUCUACGCAUGGACAAAGACUCUGCGCUUCCUGUCAAAGACUUCCUUGUCAAGGAGAGCCAAUACACUUUCUCUCUGGAGGGAUCAGGCCUGAGCUUUGCAGACCUUUUCCGCCUGGUGGCUUUCUGCUGCAUUAGUAGGGAUGUGUUGCCCUUCACUCUGAAGCUUCCAGAGGCCAUUGCUGCAGCCAGAACGUCUGCUGAUCUCGAGGAGGUUGCUAAGCUUGGAACAGGUUUCUGGGACACUGAAUUGUGCCACAGGAGGAAGGCCUCAGUCUCCUUAUCAGGAACAGCUGCUCCUGACAGACCACCUCCCCCUGCUCAGAGACCAGUCUCCUUGGCAACCACCCCAGGGUGCUCUUGGCUUCGAACUCGCACCCCAUCUGAGCUUAAGUGUUGCCAGUCCAAUGGAGCUCUUUGCUUCAUCAACCCCCUCUUCAUAAAGGUUCAUCAACCAGACGGUGACAGUGGUGCCCCUUCAAAUCCCUCGGGCACAGCAAAGCAAGUUGUGAGGGAGGAACUCCCUGACAACAGCCUAGAAACCAACAAGGACAGUCAACACUCUCGUAGAGAUAGUCCUCAGGUCUUCAGCGCAGAUCUUAGUGACAGCCAGUCAGAUCAAAGUAAACUGCCAAGCCUUGGCAGAAACACAGAGCUGCAGGACAAUAACAGUGGAAGUAGCAGCAGUCAGAAGGUGAGUGCUGUACACAGUGUGUCACGGUCACCACCUCCUCGUCCACCCCCACCUUGUUUUGCACCACGACGCUCAGCCCCUUUUCUCCGACAGUGCAGUAUGCCAGAGAAGAUCCCUUGGAUCAAAAAUGUGGACGAGAGGGAGAGGGGCAGCAGCCUUCUUUCUCGUUUGGGUUCCUCGCUGAGCAUAAGCCCGUCAUCCUCCCCUCCCAAGAUAUUCAGCAUCAGCUCCCCCAUAUCCUGCCCCCGCCCCCCCCGGCCUAUCUCUUUAUCAUCUCUCUCCUCCUCCCCACGUAGGGCCAAGGCCUCACCAUCAUUCAGCCAGGAGGAUGAGCAGUGCCACUUGGCACUGCAAGAACAUACUAUUGAGGAGGCCCUUAUGAGAGCCAAACAGUCCCAGAGCCCCAAUACCAGAGCCCUCACCCAGAACUCCAACACUCCCCCAGACCCUUCAUUCAUAACAAAUGGCAAGCAGGUGACAGGAGCAGAGGAAGAAGCCGUCGAGGAAUGUGGUGUCAGGCAGCGGCUGAGUGACAUGAGCAUUUCCACAGAUUCUUCUGACUCUCUGGAUUUCUCUCAGUCCUCAGUCUUCUUCGUUCCUCCUCUGAGUGACCCCAACAUCCCCACUGUGGCUGACUUUAACACCCACCUCCCCCUCUCCCUCCCAUCAUCCCAAAUGCCUUACGGCAGCAUGGAGGAAGAUGACGAAGAUGAUGAUGAUGAUGAGGAUGAAGAGGAACCCGACUAUGGUGUCAGUCUGGAGAGCGACCAGGACCAAGACCAGGAAGUGACCAUGGUGCCACCAGGCCACCGCACAAAGCGUCGCACCAGUGCCGGUGCUUUGGUCUUGCAGAAAGCCUUGCGAGGGCCCCUGCGCAAGGUGAGUGGCGUUUUCAACUCGCUGCUGACGCCAGAGAAGAGAGCGAUCCGCAGAGUAAUGGAGCUGUCCAGGGAUAGACGCUCGUAUUUCGGCUGCCUAGUGCAGGACUACCUCAGCUACAUGGGUGAGGGUGCAAGCAACCAGGCUUGGCAGGGCUACGCCUCUGGACUGGAGCUGCUGCAGACUCUCCGCCAGUUUAUCACUCAGAUGAAGAGCUACCUGCGACAGAGCUCCGAGCUGGAGCCUCCAAUUGAGAGCCUCAUUCCUGAAGACCAGAUCGACCGAGUCCUGGAGAAGUCCAUGCACAAGUGCGUCCUGAAGCCCCUCAAACAGGUGAUAAGUGCCGCCCUGCAGGAGUUCCAGGAACGCAGCGGGGCGCUGCAGGAGCUGAAGGAGAACCUGUCAUUGGCCAGGUCGCGGCCGCCGCAGGAAAUGGGCGUGGUUGACACGCUGCCGCCUGAGCCCAUGGCCAUAGAGAAAAUCAAGCAAAAGUUCCACACCAUGAUUAAACUUUACUCACCUGAGAAGAAGGUGGCCACACUGCUGGGAGUCUGCAAACUCAUUUAUACCAUCAUGAGUGAUAAUUCAGGUCGUCUAUGUGGUGCAGAUGACUUCCUGCCCAUGCUGACCUAUGUGUUGGCCCACUGCGACAUGCCUCAGCUGGACAAUGAGAUACUUUACAUGAUGGAGCUGCUGGACCCCUCACUCCUCAGUGGAGAAGGUGGCUACUACCUGACCAGUGCCUAUGGAGCCAUGUCCCUGAUCAAAAACUUCCAGGAGGAGCAGGCAGCCAGAGUGCUGAGCUCUGAAACCAGGAACACACUCCGCCAGUGGCACCGCCGACGCACCACCCAGCGCUCCGCCCCGUCCAUUGAUGACUUCCAGAACUACCUACGGGUGGCGCUACAGGAGCUGAACAGUGGCUGUACAGCCAAGACCCUGCAAGUGAGACCUUACACCACUGUGGAGGAGGUGUGUCAGCUGUGUGCCCACAAGUUCAAAGUGUCAGACCCUGAGAAUUACGGCUUGUUCCUGGUGAUGGAGGGCAGCAGCCAGCAGCUGGCACCUGACACCCACCCUCAGAAGAUCAAGGCUGAGCUCCACAGCCGCACGCAGGCUCCUUCGUUCCACUUUGUCUUCCGUCGCCUGACCAACGGCGGUGCAUCAUCAUCGGAUCCACUCAACCCUACACCCAACCUCAACGACCUCACUGUGACCACUGAACCCCAGGUCAACCUGAAUGACCUCAGCAUGGACCUGUCAACCCCCUCCCCCCAGGCCACUCUGAGCUUAGGCCUCAGUUCCACCCUGAGCCUCAGCCUGCCGCCCAGCCAUCUUAAUGGAAACUCCAUAUCAGUAUGACUGUAGCGAGGGGUUGACUGAAUGUUUGUUUCCGAGGGGUGACAGUAUCACCCAUCAUCUCUAACGAACGUGGUUCCUUGAGACCUAAUGGGUAAGCAUGUUGACAGGGUGCAACUGGGCUAAAUGUUGUGUCGUGCCAGUCAUUACACUUCUCCUUUUGGAUGACACAUCUGUCUCAGUGAACACUGGAAAGUUCUGUCUGACAGACACGGGUGAAAGAGGAAAAGAAGAAAGCAGGGAAGGAAGUGAGAGAGAUAGAGUCUUUUUUCUUCUUUUUUUACUUCCUUGGCUCUGGAUUUGGCAUCAGAGCAUCACUUUGCUACACACAUCUCUCAGAACCCAAACACUCAUGAGGUAGAGAUGUUGGAGAUGAUGAAGACCUCAUGAACACUAAAGGUGUUCACAGUUAAUGCUGGUGCUGAUUCAGGGUAAGCUGUUCUUGCUGUUAUCUUUAGAGGACGUAGAGGGGAAUCACACCUCAGCUAUAUGUGAGACUAAUCGUUGUUCAAUCACUUUAUAUACAGCAGAUAGUUUAUUUAGGUGUAGGUUUAACUAUGAUUUGCUUGUUACAGUUGCUGGUAAACUGUGUUAGUGUAUUGUGUUUUGAAACUGUUCAUCCUUCACAUUGUAGAUUAUGUUUUGAUGGGUUUGGCGACACCCAGUGGCGACUGGUGCACAUAGCAAUGUAAUAUUUUCUGGAACAUUUAUUGCCUCGAGUGGGAGGCAAUACACCUUACUGCAACAACAUUCAUUAGAUGAAAAAAGACAGAUACCAAUAAAAUGUCAAUUAUGUAACUAUCAAAGGCAGGCUGUAGCAAGGUAAAAGAUUUCCUAAUGUUCCUAGCGUCCAAUGUACCACCAACAACAACAAUUCAGCAGGCAUUAAAAGAGUCGUACACUGUAUAAAGAAAAAGUAUAAAAGGUAAUGCAGCAGAACCAGAGAGUUAAAAAAACAAUCCUCACCAGUCCUAAAUGGGUUCACUCUAGUCUUGGACAUCGUGUGAAGACAGAACAACUAGCAUUAUGUUCAUUAUAAAAAUAAUCUUUAUUUAUAUUAGAGCUGCAUAUUUCGGUAUAAAAUGGAUCUGUUGUUAUCUAAUUCCAGAGAUGUCAUAAUUUCUUAUCUAUUCAGUCUUCUUCCUCGUCACUUGCAUAACUACUGCAGGUGGAACACCAACAGCUCUGUCAGCGGUUGUUAUGCCAUUAGUGGCUAGUGUAGCCUCAAGACACUAAGGUAGAAAUGAGGACCAGGCUGCAGAGAUCUGGUAAACUCACCAACUCCACUCUCCUUUCAAAUUUGGUUUUAGUCUUCAGCCCAGACCAACUCUGCCUGGCAGUUUGGGAAGAGUACUUACCAUAAACCAUAAAAUAUUGAUGAAAUUCCUCUCGAUUUUUCAGAAGCAGAAAUGAGGGGAGCACAGUUUAAAACAAAAAUAAGAAAACUAUGAUACCAAUUGUGGGGUAUCAAGAAAAAAAAAACACAAGAGCCAAGAUUUGGCCUUUUUCUUUGUAUACUUGUUGGAUUAUGAGUGCCUUUUUUUCUGUGUAGAAUUGAAAUUGGAGGAUAAUCAAUGACAGUGUAUUAUUUUGUUAUAUCUGCAGGUAGAUCCCAGCAUAUUUUAAUAUGAUAAUCCUAAGGAUUAACAUUUUAAAGUCGAUUAUAAAUAUAUAUAUUUUUUCCGUGUAGUUUGUGUUUAAUGUUAGAAACAGGCAGAUCUGCCAGUGUUUUAAAAAGUGUAACACUCAUUUAUGUAUUUACUGAUUAUCCUGGUGAUAUUAAAGGUAUUGAUAUAUAGUGCUUGUUAAAGAGCAUCUUUUCCAUUCAGAUUGACAACAAGUGACUGAGGAACAACUGGGGCUGGCUGCCAUAUUAUAUUGAUAGACAAGUCUCUGUAAUACUGACAAAUGUUAAAGGUUUUUAUCCUGAUGUGGUCAAUUUUAAAAAUAAAAUGUGGACUUCAAAGCUGGUCUGAGGUCACACAUGAAACAUGCUCAUAGGUGUUUGGGAAGAAAAAGAUAUGUGAGGGUAAAGUGGGCAGAAGAGGGGACGUUACUGAGAUGGGCACAUUCUGCGAAACAGUUUACAUUAGUAUUAGUUUGUCAGUCAAAAUAAAAUACUUGAAAAUUCGCUUGUGAAUUUUUAAGGUUGUUGGAAAGUCAAAUCAAUCAGUAGUUGGGAAAUCAAAUCAUUAUGCUUUUAUUUACCAAGAGUAUUGAACUUUAACACUCCGUUCAUUCCUGUUUUACACUGUCAUGAGAUGCCUGAGGCCAGUAGAGAGGGAAAUGAGAAGUGAUGUAGCUGCAAGAAACCUGAGAGCUUUUGGAGGCAGCUGAAGUAGCAUUAAUGUCAUGUGUCAUCUGUAUGUAUCCUGUACAUAGCUCAUCAUUUAUAUCUUUAGAGGCCACAUGUUCAAAGAUUGAACUGACUGUCAUGUUAUUGGUAAUCUAACUUUCUUUGAUAAAGCAAAGUGAGUAUUUAUGUGUCUCUGUGCGGGGAUUUUUCACAGAUGGCUUCUCCAUGUCUAUAAUAUUCUUUAUGGUGUCAAAAUGUCAUUUGCGUGCAGGAGACAUCUUCCUGUUUAUCCUUUGUCAUUGAAUGAUAUCAUAAAUAUUCUUUUGCACUUAAUAAAUGUUGAAAAUGGAA